AUGGCAUCUGUGAGUCCUUUUAGAUGCAAAAAGUGUAAUCAGCAACAUAGUUAUUUACUUCACAAUAACGCCGCUGAGAAUCAACGAAAUGAUGCUCAAAAUCAAAAUAUGCACACGCAAGCUAACUAUAAUUCUCGGAGGGAACAGAAUUAUGAACGACAGCAAGGAAAUCAGCAACAAGCUGAACAUCAACAAGAAAGAACUAGCCAGAAUUUAAAGCUGGAUGCAUUAUUAAAAAGUUUCUGGGAAAUAGAAAAAGUGCAAGACUCACAACUGCUCAGUGCUGAGCAAAAACGGUGUGAGGACCAUUUUAAAAAUACUGUUCAAAGAACCAAAGCGGGUGAGUUCAUUGUGAAAUACCCAUUUAAAACUCCUAAAGUGCAGUUAGGGGAAUCAUUAAAUAUUGCAAUAAAUCGUUUCAAGCAAGUAGAACGGCGACUCCAUAAAAAUAAACACUAUGUUGUAGAAUACAAAAAAUUUAUGGAUGACUACAUAAACUUGGGGCAUAUGAUAGAAGUGCCACCACCAAACAAAGAUAGCGAAUUUAGAUGCUAUUUACCCCACCAUUUUGUGUUAAAAGAAUCAUCUACCACGACCAAAUUUCGCGUAGUAUUUGACGCAUCAGCUAAAACGUCUAACGGCCUCUCAUUGAAUGAUACAAUGAUGGUUGGACCUACUGUUCAAGACAAAUUAGCAAACUUAAUAAUGAGAUUCCGAAAGCAUAAAAUUGCAAUAAAUGCUGAUAUUGAAAAAAUGUACAGACAGAUCCUUGUAUCGAGUGAUGAUCAAGAAUUUCAACAUAUUGUGUGGAGGGAAUCGCCAGAUCAACCACUUAAACAUUAUAAAUUACUAACAAUUACUUAUGGCACGGCUGCUGGUCCAUAUUUAGCUACUCGUGUGCUAAGCGAGUUAGCAAAACAAGUUGAUUUUCCAAUUGCAUCACCAGUGUUACAAGAAGAUUUUUAUAUGGAUGAUUUAUUGUCUGGAGCUGACACUGAAGAGAAUGCAGUAAAACUUCAGCACGAAAUCAUUGAACUAUUGAAACGUUGCGGAAUGUCAAUCAGAAAAUUUACUUCAAAUUCCGAAAAAGCUCUUAUGUCAAUUCCUGAAGAUCUGGGAGAAACAAAAUCGCUGACAUUUGAUAAAGACGCAACUGUGAAAACACUUGGAAUCUAUUGGAACCCCGCUCAAGAUUGUUUUGGAUUUAGAGCUGAUAUAUUUGGUAAUGUAAAAGUAGGUUCAUUAACAAAACGAGUGAUUCUAUCUGAAAUUUCGAAAUUAUUCGAUCCCAUUGAAAAUUUGAACUGGGAUGAUUUAGUGCCAAUAACAAUUCAACAAAAGUGGGAUAAUUUUAAAAUUGAACUGAAAAAUUUACAAAUGUUAAAAAUUCCUAGAGCGCAAGUUGGUCACUCAGGAAAAAAUCGACAGACAUAUUUGGUAGGAUUCAGUGAUGCGUCUGAACAAGCGUAUUCAGCUGUAGUUUAUUUGGUGUAUUAUGAUGAAAAAGGAAACGGAUUAUCAUAUCUGGUAUCCUCAAAGACUAGAGUAGCGCCAGUAAGGCAACAAUCGUUACCAAGGUUGGAACUUUGUGGAGCACUACUGUUAGCAGAAUUUAUGCCGUUAGUUGCAAAGGCUUUGAAAAUGAACUUUACUGAUAUGGUGGCCUAUGCAGAUUCAACACUAACUCUUGGAUGGAUUAGGUCUGAACCGUAUAAGUAUAAAACCUUUGUUGCAAAUAGAAUUACCAAAAUUCAAGAAUUAAUUCCGGGAGAUAAAUGGGGAUUCGUUCGUGGAAUUGAUAACCCGGCUGAUUGUGCAUCUCGUGGAAUAAGUGUACAAGAAUUUAUUAACCAUCCAUUAUGGUGGAACGGGCCGUCUUGGUUGAAUGAGAAACCACCUGUACCAAACAAGUACUCAACAUUAACCAGAUUGCAACGAAUCACAGCAAGAUUAUUAAGAUUUAUAAAUAAUACGAGAGCAGCAGUCCAGAAGAAACAUGGAUUUGCAGCUGAAUCAAUUAGUAACCCUUGGCUGUCGACAGUGGAACUUGAGGUAUCUCUUAGACGUUGGAUUUGUAUCGCUCAAGAGGAAGAGUUCGCUUCAGAUCUGUUGCAGCUUAGAACUAAAGGGAAGUUAUCCAGUAAAAGCAGCUUAUUAUCGUUGAACCCAUUCAUCGACAAAGACAACAUUUUGCGAGUGGGGGGAAGGCUUCGUCAUGCAAGCAUUCCUGUGCAUCAGAAACAUCCAAUUCUGCUGCCACCGCAUCACAGAAUUACAACGAUGAUAAUAGAAAAUGCGCAUUUGUUGAACCUACAUGCUGGUUCACAAACUUUAUUAUCUUAUCUACAACAAAGAUAUUGGAUUGUUCGAGGAAAGGAUGCUGUGAGGAGGAUCAUUCGAAAAUGUGUCAUCUGUACAAGAAAUCGAGCAGAAACCAUGCAACAGAUGAUGGCAGAUCUACCUUCAUUUCGAGUAACUCCAUCCCAUACUUUCCAGAAAUGUGGAAUCGAUUAUGCUGGACCUUUCUUGAUUCGACCUAUUACACCCAGAAGUAAGGUGACAUUAAAGGCAUAUUUAGCGAUAUUCAUUUGCUGUGCGACUAGAGCCAUACACUUAGAAGUUGUUAGUUCGGCCAGCACUGAAGCAUUUAUUGCUGCCUUAAGAAGAUUCAUAGCUAGGCGAGGCAAGCCAUCAGACAUAUACAGCGAUAACGGCACAAACUUUGUCGGAGCUGACAAGGAGCUAAAGGAGUUGCAGAAACUUACCGACAAUGUAAGCCACAAUAAUCAGAUCGCAUUAACAAUGUCUAAGGAAGGAAUAUCUUGGCAUUUCAACCCACCUUCAGCGCCACACUUCGGAGGACUCUGGGAGGCAGGGGUGAAAUCGACCAAAUACCAUCUUAGAAGAAUAAUGGGAUUAAAUCGAUUAACAUUCGAAGAGCUGACAACUCUUACAAGCCAGAUCGAGGCAGUGCUAAACUCAAGACCAUUAACGCCUGAGUCAACUGAUCCAUCGGAUUUAAGAGCACUGACACCUGGACAUUUCAUCAUUGGUCAACCAUUGACGUCGAUCCCUGAUCCGGAUUUAACUGAAAUCCCAACUACCAGACUCGUGAGAUGGCAGCUAGUUCAACAGAUGCUACAACAGUUCUGGAAAAGAUGGUCAUCUGAAUAUAUCGUCAGACUACAACAAAGACCAAAAUGGAUGCAACCAGUGGAAUCCAUUAAAGAAGGCUCACUGGUAAUAAUCAAGGAAGAUAACUUGCCACCUUUACAUUGGAAACUUGGACGAGUUAUAGAAGUUAAACCAGGAGCAGAUCAGAAGGUCAGAAAGGUACUGGUGAGAGCAGCUACUGGAGAGUACGAGCGACCCAUCGUAAAGCUGUGCCUACUACCCGUCGAAACAGAAAACGCUGAUCUAAAGACUGAAAAUUAA